CGGUGAAAAAAUUACUUUGUCUUACUUUUGGAUUAUAUAUAUAUAUUGUAUUAAAAAAAGGAGUAAAAAAUGGAGGUGUUGAUUGAUUGCUACUUCGAUCGGCUAUUUGACGGACUGGAAAGGAGUAGCCUAGCAUCGCGGCACAAACGUCGACAAUUAGUGAAAUUUUUCUCGGAUGUCAUUAACAGCUGUGCUGAAGCGGAAAAUCUGGAGAAGGCCGACGUGUGCGAGCGAAUAGUGCGGGCCGCGCUGCGCUACCACAACAUAUCGAUGGCGGACAACGGCUCCGUGUGCAUGCUCGGGAAGUUCCACAACGUGCUCUACGUCGCGGCGAAGCUCUGCUACGACUGGCGUAUCGAGGACAACGAGCUGGUCGCCAAAGUACUCAACGACAUGUUCUUCUGCGAGAAAAGCUUCGAGCGCAUGUUUGUCGGGGCUAUCUUCGGGAUCAGGGUCACGCACUUCCUCGCCGGCUGGAGGAGUGACUUUGACGAUCGGGAGGAGAACCUGCACGCCCUUGUCUACUUUCUCGAUCAUGCCAUUGAUGCGCGGCUCGAGUACGAUUGCGCCACGCCGGCAGUCAAGAGAAGGUUUAUCGACGUGCCCAUGGAGUCCUGCGGCCCAGCCCUACCAGUCUACGUAGCAGUGCAACACGGCUCCCCGGACAUUCUCCUGCUGAUGCUGCGCUACGGGGCGACUACCGAGUCCGACAACCACCCGAUGACCCUCAUCGAGAUCCUCCUAUCGCGGAUAAACGAGUACGAGGGUGAAGACGGUGGCAACUGUCCACCCCAGCUGCUGGUCUGCCUGCGUGUUCUUCUUCGUACGAUAUCCUGCGUAAGGAUAAGGGUGCCGAGCCACUUGGCCGCUCUGGGCUGCGGUAUUGAGUCCAUACCCGUGUACGAGCAGUACCCACGGCUCGCCGAGAAAAAGCUCUUGCCGGACGAGCGCUCGGGUCUGGUACCGGCUGAACUGAAGCACCUCUGCAGGUGCCGCAUCAGAAAGUACCUCUUUGAGAAUUGGGCGUUGCCCCACGGCAUCAGGCGGCUACAGAUACCGCAUUUGCUUAUGGAUUAUUUGGACUUGCUGCUUGACUGAGCAUCAGUUGCAUAUGUUGUGGGAUGUUCGCCGAAGGAGCUGUUGAUGAGCUGGAGUUAAUGGGCACGAAGAUGCGGGACGCGUGUUGGCACGUGGAUUGGUACACUGGAUGGUAUAUGGAGCAGCUGUGGCCGGCGCGAGAGCGGGAAAAUGGAUGGGCCGUUAUAUACGCCUGCUCACGAGUUUCCAAGGUAACGAGGAAGAUGCAUCGUCCAGCGCGCGUAUCGCAUUUCCGACCGAGCUCGCGCCACCGCACUGAUAUAUUAUCCGUCUUGAGGAACAAUAUUGCCGAUGAUGGAUGAAUUGAGUGUUUUGUUUGUACGGAUUUUAUCAUCGUCUUUCAUACCUUUUGCCGUCUUCGGCGAUGGUAAAAUCUAACGAAGGAGCUCUCCUAACUUUUACAUCACACGUAGAAUGACAGACAUUUGGAUCGAUCUUUAUGGUGUUGAAAAUAUUUUUGCAAUUUUAGAAUUUCAAUGAGCAAUUUGCGAACGAAUCAAUCUCUAUGUUAUGUCCUCUCGCAUGAAUCGUAAAAUAAAUUUAGAAAAAUUUGAAAUAACGAGAGUUUGUAUGAGUCUGGAAGCACUAAAGCGUUAAUGUAUGGUAUACGUUUCUUGUGCUACUGUUGAUUGUAUGAAAAAAACAUUUUUUCAUGCCAAUUAUAUGAAAUUUCAAUGCAUACAUUAAAAUGUGUGAAAAAUAAAACAUUUCAGCUUAGAUAAAAAAAAAUUGUUUUUAAAGAAAAGGUGAAACUAAACGUUUGGCAUCAACAAUAUGCUACGAGUUAAUUUUUCACAUCUUGUGUAUAAUAAAGCAAUAUUCUUUAUUAAUUCAUUGUUAAAUUUUAUUCACGUUAAAUAGUAAAAUAUAAUGGGAGGGUAAAAGAUUGUACAGCUAUAGAAUACGUGAGAAUUUUUAUAUCACAGCUUUUGUAUUCAAUAAACGCAACGUGCAAAAGUUCUUAACCAU